ACUUCUUAUCGGGAUUGGUUGGUCCGGCCCUGUUUCUCCGGAAGAAUGGCGGCAGCGGGCUCGUCGUCGUUCGUGUUUUGUUGGGUUUUUGUCCACGGAGCAGCAGCGGGAGAGUUAAUAAAGCUGGAAGAUAGAAAGAGCAGCAGUUGGUGAACUGUGGAAAGAAGAGAAACGGCUUGAAGCUCAGCUGGAACUGCUCAGGAAGUGUUAAAGGAAAGUUUGGAGAGAGAAAAGCUAGCAGAGAUGUGGAGACAGCAGGUCAAGCAGCGACUGGAUGCAGCAGAGGAGCAGAGACACCACAUCCUGGAUGCUGCUUUCAGCCCCCAACAUCUGCUGCACACAUCAGAUGUUCAGCAGAUGCUGCUGGUUAAAGAAGAGGCUCCUGAAGAACAGAGUCCUGGUGAGGACCAGAGUGACCUGGAGCUUCUCCACAUAAAGGAGGAGCAGGAGGACCUCUGGAGCAGUCAGCAGGGAGAUCAGCCCAGUGUGAAGGAGGAGACUGAUCCCACUGGCUCUCCAGUCAUUGCUGUUCUCAUCAAGAGGGAAGAUGGUGAAGAGAAACCUCUGUUCUCUGAACUUCACCAAACAGACAACAGAGACGUUGCAACCAGCAGCUCAGCUGAGCAGAUGAAAGCAGAACCUGAUGAAGAAGACUAUGGAGGAGUAGAAUCCAGCAGAGAGCCAGAUCUAAACACUCCUGGAGACACUUGUAACCCUUCAGAAACUCACCACAGUGGGAAUGAAGAUGAAGGGGAUGACGUAGACCAUGUUGGAUCUGAAACUGAGGACAGUGAGGAUGACAGGAAGCAGAGCAGGACUCCUUUCGAGUCAGAUGGGAAAAAAUCUAUCAGAUGUUCUGGAUGUAGCCAACAAUUUAGAAACAGGUGCUCUCUUCAGAAACCCAUGAUGGAUCGUUCGUCAGUAAUUUCUUCAUAUUUUGACCCACUGAGGAAAGUUCAGAAAGAACUCGGGUGUUUUAGUUGUUCUGACUGUGGUAGAAGUUUUAAAAGGAAAAGUUAUCUUGAAAAACACAAACGAAUCCACACAGGAGAGAAACCAUUUGGAUGUGAUCUUUGUGAACAAAGAUUUAUAGAUACUUCUAAUUUAACCACUCACAAAAGAAUCCACAAUGAUGAAAAACCAUUUGGUUGUGAUGGCUGUGAACAAAGAUUUCGAUUCAAGUCAAAUUUAAACAGACACAUGAGGAUCCACUCUGGAGAAAGACCGUUUUGCUGUGAUGUUUGUGGAAAAACAUUUCGAUUUGACUCAAAUUUAAAUCGGCACAUGAAAAGCCACAUAAACAGGCAGUUGAGGAUUCACACUGGACAUAGACCCUUUGGGUGUGAUGUUUGUGGACAAAGGUUUAGUCAAAAAGCACAUGUGAAUCGACAUAUGAAAAUCCAUGCAGAUAACAAAGCUCUUGGUUGUGAAUAUUGUGGAGAACAAUUUAGAUCCAAGUCAUCUUUCAAUGACCACAUGAAAGUCCACACUGGGAGCAAACCAUUUAGUUGUGAUGUUUGUGGACUAAAAUUUAGAUUUAGAUCAGCUUUACAGAUCCAUGCGACAGUACACACUGGAGACAAACCUUUUGGUUGUGAAGUUUGUGGACGGAAAUUUAGAUUGAAGUUAACUCUAAACAGACACAUGAGAGUCCACACAGUAGACAAGCCAUGCAGUUGUGAUGUUUGUGGACAAAGGUUUAAAUGCAAGUCAAACUUAAACAAACACAAAAAGAUUCACACAAAAGACAAACCACAUGGGUGUGAUCAUUGUGGACAAAAAUUCAGAUUUAAGUCAACUUUAAACAAGCACAGGAUUAUGCACACAGGACACAAACCUUUCAAUUGUGAUCAUUGUGGACAAAGAUUUUUGAAUAAGUCGACUUUUAGAAAACAUCUGAGAAGCCACCUGGGAGAAAAACCAUAUGUUUGUGUUUUUUGUGGGAAAAGAUUUAGCCAGAGGAUAUUUCUAAAACGACACACACGAGUCCACACAGGAGAGAAACCCUUUUCGUGUGAUGUUUGUGGAAGGAGAUUUACCCGAAAGGGUACAUUAAACAGUCACAUGAUAAACCACACAGGAGAAAAACCAUUUGGUUGUGAUGUUUGUGGAAAAAAAUUUAACCAAAAGUCAAAUUUAAACCGUCACAUCAGAAUUCACUCUAGAGGAGAAACUGCUUAAAUGUAAGAUAACUUUUUUUGUAAACCAUGAUUGUCUCAAACUAUUUAAAGUUUUCUCAUGGGAUGAACUCGUUUGCAGUAAGAUUCAUAUGUUCUUUGUUAAAAUAUCUAAUCAGACUCCUAGCGGAAAGUUUCAGGUUUUAUGUUGGAAACACUACAAACAGAAAGGGAAUCGUGUGGCUGCUGCACUCACAAAAGGUUGUUGAAAGAAAAAUACAUUUUGUGUUGCAUAUUUGUUUCUAAUGGAAGUGUUUUGUAAAAAACAGCAAGUUCUGAUAAAAAAAAUGGUCAUUAUUCUAAGCAGCACAGUUUAAGUUUCUACCCAAGUAUUAGCUUGAUUUGAGAUAAGUUAUUUUUUAGGUCAAUAUGCGUAUCAAUGCUUUGUGUACCUUGCCUAUGUAAGUUGAGAGAGUCGGAUUUGUUGCUGAAUGUGUUCACAACAGUUAUUUACUCCCUACUCUAACCUUUCAUUAAAUGACUGCAUUACAUUUAGUUCUGCUCAUUAGGUUGUAAACAAAUUUUUCCAUUUUAGUCAAUAAAUGGUCAUUUUUCAAAUCUUCAUGAAAUGCU